AUGCUUGGCUCAUUUGUGACCUCCGUCGCGGGAGAGCGCGUCGUUCGGACAAACAAAUGUGCUCAUCAUCUGGCCCAACAUCCUGGACCAAGGGCAAAUCCUGGACGCCCCACUCGCACGUCUUUCAGCAACGCCGACCGCCCUGAGAAGCUGGAGCCUCUGAUUCAGAGGGCCUGGGUACCGCGAGAUGACAUGCUGCACUUCUGGGAGUGCGCGGCCGGCUCGUGA